AUGAAAUUUAUUUCAUUAGUCUGUAUUUUCUUUGUUGUUAAGGCAAAGGCUGAUGAUGUUGUUGGGGAGACUGUUAAUACAAUUUCUAGUCAAUUUUCUGAAGGAAUACCUGAGAUUGUUGCAAAUUCUAUUCAAAUAUUAAAUGAAGAAAUUAUUAAAUUAGUUUCUGAAAGAAAUGAAUCAUCAUCAAUAAGUUCACUUAUUCCAAAAGAAAUUUUAGAUACUCUUGAUGAUUUAUCAUUACAAGAAAAAGUACAAAUUAUGAAAUCUAUGAUAGUUAUUGGAAUGAAAGCUAAAACAAAAGGAACAAAUUUAUCAAAAGAAGAUAUUAUUACUGCUUUUGAAAAGAUACCAUCUGAAACAUUAGACAAAUUAAAAACUCUUCAUGAUACUUUAAUUGAAAAGGGACAAAAAGUUAGUAGUGGUGUAAAAGAUUUCUUCAAAAAUAUGAUUGAAUAUAUUCAUGAAAAAUAUACUCAAUAUAAGAAUAUUAAAGAUUUAUCUGAAAUUCCAGAAAAUGAAAGAAUUCAAGCUGCAGUUAAAGUUAUUCAGGGAUAUGUUAAUUUAACAGAUGAUGAUCGUAAAUCUAUUGGAGAAGCUUUUGAAUCACUAAAAAAUCUUGUUAACAAUGAAAAAUUAUUAACCCCACUUAAAAGUAUAAAUGAAAAUUCAACUGUUGAAGAUUUAGCUGGGGCACAAACACAAAUUUUAGAUUCAUUAAUGAAAGGUGAAUUUAAUCCAACUGUUUAA